AUGGCAAACCCUCCAAACAUUAUGUUUAUUAUGGCCGAUGACCAUGCCGCAAAAGCCAUCAGCUGCUACGGUGCCGGUAUAAACCAUACACCAAACCUCGAUCGUCUUGCGAAUGAAGGAAUGAGAUUCAAUCACUGUUACGUGACAAAUUCAAUCUGCACUCCAAGCCGGGCCACAAUUCUGACAGGAACACACAACCACGUCAACGGCGUGCGAACGCUAGUCAGCGAUAUCGAUAAUCGUCUUCCCAAUGUCGCAAAGCAGCUCCGCGCAGGUGGGGCGUAUCAGACUGCUAUGAUCGGUAAAUGGCAUUUGGGUGAAGGUGCACGUCAUGAGCCUACGGGGUUUGAUUACUGGACAGUCCUGCCGGGUCAGGGGGAUUACCACGAUCCAGCGAUGAUAGAAAUGGGAAAGCGGGUUGUCGAAAAGGGAUAUGCGACGGAUAUAAUCACUGAUAAAAGUAUUUCCUGGAUGCAGAAUCGGGAUAAAACCAGGCCCUUUUUCCUGAUGUGUCAUCACAAGGCACCCCAUCGGUCUUGGGAAUGUCAUCCAAAACACAAACGUCUUUAUCAAGAGGACAUCAAGCUAUCGGAUACCUUUACGGAUGAUUAUAAAAAUCGAGCCCGGGCAGCGGCAGUUGCAAAGAUGAGGGUUGCAGAUGACCUCACCUACGGCGACUUAGGGCUAGUGCAGCCCGAAGGUGGUGAUGAGGUCGGAGAACGUCUUGUUCAGGGCUGGCAUGAGAGGAAGAUACCCAACCCAGAAGAUGUGACAUCCUUACGUCUGAUUGAUCGUGAACCCGGGCCUAUAUAUACCUUUUCAUCACAGACGGAGUUGGCGGAGUUCAAGUUCCAACGAUAUAUGAAGCGUUAUCUCCGUACGAUCGCCUCAAUAGACGAAAAUGUUGGCCGAUUGCUCGACUAUCUCGAUUCCGAGCCUGGAUUGGCCCAAAUCACAGUUGUGAUCUAUACCUCAGACCAGGGUUUCUUUCUCGGUGAACAUGGUUGGUUUGAUAAACGUUUCAUGUACGAGGAAUCCUUCCAAAUGCCCUUCCUAAUCCGGUAUCCGCGCGAAAUACGCCCGAAGAGUAUCUGCGAUGAUAUUAUUUCUAAUGUUGAUUUUGCGCCUACUUUUCUUGACUUUGCCUCCGUACGGAUUCCCACCUAUAUGCAAGGUGUUUCGUUCCGGGCCCUCUUACAAGGUCACACGCCGAGUGACUGGCAGCAGGUAGCCUAUCACCGAUAUUGGAUGCACCGGGAUGUCAUUCAUAAUGCUUACGCCCAUUAUGGGAUUCGCGACCAAUGUUAUAAGUUGAUUUAUUGGUAUAAUGAGGAUUUCGGGAUUGAAGGUACCCGCCCUGGCGGCGAGGAGAAGGAAUGGGAGCUCUUUGACUGUCAGGAGGACCCUCUGGAGCUGUUCAAUUGUUACCAUGAUCCCAAGUACCAAAAAGUCGUGCAGACAAUGACGAGAAAGUUGGAGGAGAAAAUGUUAGAGAUUGGCGAUGAGCCUGUGCAUCAGCAGUACAACGCAGCAUCACAUAGUAGAGACGCAUUAGAAAUGCCUGCAACCCAAGAGGAACCCUCCGUAGUGCCACCCCCGUUGUCAGCUGAUGUAUCGGCAGAUGGGAAAGGCGCUGCAAAGGCUGGGACAAAGCACGAGCGAUCUCCUGAUCCAGAUGAUCCAGAAUAG